UAAUAAUUCCAUCCCACCAGUGCAUAUGGAUUUAUUACAAUUCCACGAAAGCAACCGGGAUAUACAUUAUCUCUACUAAGCAACAUCAAAGAAGACCUUGAAUUCUGCAGGGGAGGGAUGAUUGACACGAGAGGGAAUUGACUGACUUGUGGAAUAACGGUGGUCGCUUGAUGACAGCGCGUGCUCUUUCCCUGGGACUUUUAAUUCUGGAUGGCCCCCUGAACGUCUUUAAAUCGUCCCGGAACGUUUUAUUGUGAAUACUGUCAAUGAGUGAAUGUGAAUCCUACCUGGAACUUCAGUUGUUUCUGGAUCUCCAUCGUCGGGCUAUCAAUUUAUAAGCUGUAACAGAAGGGAGAUAAAAUCCAAGCUGAAACUCCCGCUGGGAAGGACUGUUAUUUCCCAGAGAACUCACGUGGAAUUGGAAUAGUGGAAUUCAUGAAGGAAUAUUUGACUUAUUUCAAUAUGAGGCUUAGAACAUCGAGAUUAGGCUACCUGUGAGUUGUUAUACUACUGAACUGUUAAGAUUUAAGUAAUUGGCUAUAUAGGCCUCUACAGUUACUUGACAUAUUUGGAAAUGUAUAUGAAACAUAAAUAUUUCUUUCUUUCUCUUUUAUGUUUCAGGUUACUUCAAUUCUUAGCGCUGUGCUUUUACACACAGGUACGAACCUGCAUGCCUUUUUAUGAAGUUUGCAGAGCAAUGGACAUACAAUAACAUUUCAUAGCCCCUUAAAAAGAUUUCAGUCCAUCAAUGCAACUAAUUAUACCCAUUUACAAGCGUUUUUAUUCUUAUUGAUAUUAAUCCAAUUCGUUUGUAUAUCUGCAGUAAAUGUGUAAUAACAAUGAAAACAUUUUAUUAUGAGUCCUAAGCAGUUGGCAACAAGUCAAACAUCUUGAAAAGACGUAAACGCUCGCCUAAAAGGUAAUUGUUAAAACAUAUGGGGAUGGCGUAUGGCUGAAUUGAAAAAUAAUCGUUAAGGGAUAUAGCUAAGGGAGAUGGGGGUGAAAGAUCAUUCGUGGUAAAACAACCUAUCAUAGGCAUGUCAUCUCGAGUGAGGACAGCGGACUCGAUGCGUGCAUCUCCCCAAACACUCACCAUGCAAGGGCACUGUUUUUCUUCUAAAAGCCAUGUGCUCGCAAUUCCCUUUGAAAUGCCUUUAACCUAAGCCCAUAUGAAAAGCAUAUGAUUGGUGUUCAUUGAAAUAAAUAAACAUGUUUUAGUUGGAAAAUAACUUGAUCUGCUUCUCAUUCAUUUAGACUGACCAUCAAUUAACAUGAAUUAUCAGUUAGGCUAUGCUCACUGAUGCAUUUACAUUUAUAAUUCAAUCCUUUUAUUCAUGCAUUUUUUUGUAUGUGUUUUUCUUGUUUGACAGAACACAGUGCAGUCCCACUCCCCACCUCCUAAUUUCAAGCACCAUGUGAACGAGCAGUGCCGGUUGUCUGACCGGAUGAGCCGCCGGUUGAUUCGGACCUACCAGCUCUACAGCCGGACCAGCGGCAAACAUGUCCAGGUUCUGGGCAAUAAGAAAGUGAAUGCCAUGGGCGACGACGGAGCUGUGCACGGUAAGAAACGAAUAAAGCACGUCUAUAAUGAAACGGGAGCCUUCAAGUAGGCCUAGGCAUUUUCGUAAUAAUUGUAGGACUUAAUAAUUGUAAGACUACAGGCCUAGGCCUAUUCCAGAUUUUGAAAUUACCUAAAUCUAUUGAUGGACACACGUCAAUUUACAAGUCAUGUAGGCGUAUUGGAGAAGAAAAUUAGGUAUAUUUUACAAUUUAAAAAGCAAACAGUUCUAUUUAGCAUGAAGAAGUUUAGGUUUGAGUAGGCGGCGGGAGGGAAAAAAUUCACCCGAAAUGGAUUCUAUAGUAUUGUUCUGUACUGGGAUUCUCGGGAGAAACCCACUCAGAAUAUCUGGAAAACACAUCAGAACUCGUCUUACUUUCUACCUUCUUAACAUUUUCUGAGUAGCUUACCCUGUCAGAAGCGGUUGAAAUACAGAAAUAUGACUUGCAAUUUUAAUAACCUUGAGACUGCCUAUUUUUUUUAUUUGCCACGAGAAUUACAAAAAUGUGAUAAAUGUAAUUGAUAAAACAGAAUUGUUUUAACUCACUUAUCCAGAGUGGUGCUGAAUGGCCCUUAGAGACAAUACAUUGUUUUUGGAAGGAUUUGGGUAAACUGCAUUUCUACCAAGUGAAAUAAAUAGGACAGAAUUUCUCACAGGGCAACUUCAUCGCACUGUUUCAUCCACAUUAAAUUAAAAAGUUGUAUUUCUCAACAGUGGUGGUCUAGACGUUUUCAUAGGCCUCCUAUGCACUCUUUGAAAAAAGGUUAUUCGGCUGUCCCCAUAGGAGAACCCUUUGAAUAACCCCUUUUGGUUGCAGGUAGAAUCCUUUCUACAGAGGGUUCUACAUGGAACCCAAAAUGGUUCUACCUGGAACCAAAAAGGGGACAGAUGAGGAACCCUUUUGGAAAAAAACAUUUCUUAGAGUAUAGCCUAUGGACAAAGUGUAUAGACAGCUGUUUUGAUUCAAUCUAUGCUAGGUUGGUAAUUUUUUCUUCCCACAAGGAAAAAAUGGUCUGAAAUUUAAAUGGAGCAAAUUCCUGUCACCAAAGUAUUUUUUUGGUCUGUCCAGCCAUCUUUCCACCACUACCAUCCAUUUCUCUCUAUGCCUGCUGCCUGCUUUUUGGAGUGUAAUUUUAUGAGGAAUUUUCAUUGCUUUACAACUCAAUGUAUGACUCGGUUUAUAAAGAGCGGUGAAGUCAGCAUCUUCAUUUUAUCCCCUCUUUUCUCUCUCUGUUCCUCUUUCUUCUGUGUGCUCUCUCUCAUUUUCUUCAUCUCCCUCUCCCUCACACACACAUACACACUCACACACACCUCGCCUUCACACACACCUCGCCUUGGCCUGAGCGUGCAUGUCCUAAGUGGGUGUCACUCUUAUAGCAGGCCCAAAUCUGACCACUGCUCGGUGCUUUUGUGGCUGUGUCACUGACCGCUAUGUUCUCUCACUCCCUCGUUCCUCGUUCCUCCCCAUCAUCUAUGUGGAUCGUAGCGCGGCAUUUUACAGCCGUUCAAUGACAAUGACUCAGUGCGAAGUCAAAGCCACUUUUGCUGCUAUUCUAAAAUACUUUAGUGUUUUUUGCCAAUGUUUCGAAUUUAAUUUAUGUUUGAAUGUUUUGCCAGAUACAAUACUUUUCUCCCCGCUGGAUGCAUGGUUGAUGCCAUGAUAAUGAGUACUACAACUCAGCUGAAGUCAUUAUAACAUAAUACAUAAUAACUUAAGGUUAUUACAUCCAGGUUAAAUGUAGUCCUCUGAACCAGUCAUUACAAUAACUUCACACCCUUUCUGAUGUCAUCACAUCAAUACUACUGGGCAGGCAUAGUGUCACAGUCUGAAAGUUCAAUUCAGUCUCAAAUGAUACUAUUGGAUGAUUUUUUCACAUGCAUGCAUAUUGUGUAGCAUGUUCACAAAACAGAAUAACCUCAUACGCUUGAGAAUCAUUGUGCAUUGUAUCUGAGCUGAAUACAAUUAAGAAUAUGAUGUGUUUGAUGUUUUUCUAGCCAAACUUGUGGUGGAGACAGACACGUUUGGUAGUCGUAUUCGGAUCAAAGGGGCAAAGACUGGCUACUACAUCUGUAUGAACAAGAAGGGGAAACUGAUUGGCAAGGUACAUAUUUUAUUUAUUUAUUAAUCCUUUGUUUAGGGAAGUCACAUUGAAAUUUACGUCUCUUUUCAAGUGAGCCCUGGAGGUUGGUUGAGUUCAAUAAGUUCUGUAAUAAUUUUGACUGUGACCGGGAAUACAAAGUUUCAGGAAAAGUUAUGUCUGUCCUGUGUAAGGCUCUUCACUUGAGUUAUGACCAGAAAAGCCCUUGUAGGGAGUAGGACAUGAUUUGGAAAGAAACUUGAAGGAUUUAUAGGACAUUUACUUGUCAAAACAAUAUUUUAACAUCCUCAGAGACUGAACCCCUAACUCAUUCCGUCUCUCACCCUCACCCCCUCCUCUCUCUCUAACAGCGGAAGGGUCGCGGCAAAGACUGCAUCUUCACAGAGAUCGUUCUGGAAAACAACUACACUGCUCUCCAGAAUGCUAAAUAUGAGGGCUGGUACAUGGCCUUCACACGUAAAGGAAGGCCCCGCAAGGCCUCCAGGACCAAGCAACACCAGAGGGAGGCCCACUUCAUGAAACGCCAGCCCAGGGGCCACCUCCUGGGAGACACCCAGCCCUUUGAUGUCCUCCCCCUCCCCGUGGUCCCCUUCCACCCCCGGAGGACUAAACAUACCCAUCACCACCGCUCAGGGGCCCACUGAGGAAAGAACCUACGAAGAAGAAGAGGAAGCAUAGGGAGGGAGGGGAACACACCAAGCAAAAACUAUUACGGGCCAAUGGCCAAUACCACUACCACAUUUCUGCUGCUUGCAAGGACUCCUUUUGUUAUGUUUUGUGCUGGAUUUUGUCUAAGACAAUGAGUAGACUAUCUAAUCUGCUACGUCAGACCGAUGUUUAUUCGUAGGAAAGAGGUUUUAUAACCAGAGGACGAUUUUAGUGCUCAAGCACUCAAUGAGAUUUGAAUGAACGAAAGGACAUCUUGGGCUUAGUGAUAACCCUACUCAGCUAUAAAGAGAGAAUGUUAUGAGAGAGAAAUAAUGAAUACACAUUACAUGGCAGCUAUCUUUGGAUCAUCAUGUGGUUGCAUCAACUAAUUAACAGUGAAUACAAGUAAAACACAUUAUUUUGCAUUUAGUAGGCCAUUUUCUUUCAUUUUCGUUUU